CUUGCUCUCUCUCUCUCUCUCUCUCUCGCUCUCUCUCUCUCUGUGAUGAGUUUGACGGCGUUGCAGCUGUGAUGUGCUGACAGUAUGAGAUUCGCCUCGUUUGUGGCUCUGUGUAUCAUUAAGAGUUCUUUUUAAACCCCAGCAUGGGGAACUUUCAGUAAACCUGUGCAACUCUGCAAUCUUAUUCCGUCAGAGAGUCGCGUGCGUCUGCUUCGAAGCGCUCGGACUCCGGAGCGGCUCCAGUCUGUUUCUAAUCUGAAGCCAGUCGGACUUCAGCCGGUGUCGUGAUUAUAUAUGAGCGGGACAUAUAUGAGGAUUAGAGAUCCUCAGUGAAGCCACAGAGAAUGGACCUGACGGGCUUGUGCUUCAUGCAGCUGCUGUUCUCAGCCCUGCAGGUGGUAUUAUGUGUAGGAAGGGACUGCCUCCUGGCUGGGGACUCAUGCUCCAGUGAUGAGACAUGCAGCCCGCGCCUCAGGACCCUGCGUCAGUGUGUGGCCGGAGACGGCAGCAUGAAGCUGGGCCCUGGUGCACGCAGCCAGUGUGCCAAUGCUGUGUCUGCUCUGCUGUCCAGCCCGCUGCAUGGCUGCCAGUGCCGACGUGGCAUGAAGAGAGAGAAGAACUGCCUGAGUAUAUACUGGAGUCUCUACCAGUCUGGCAUACAUGGGCUCAAUCUGGUGGAGAGCUAUCCGUAUGAGACAGUGGAGAAAGGAUAUGACUACGUCCGUCUAGCGUCCAUCACUGCAGACUCUGAUCUGGGCCUCUCAACUGCAAACCGGUGCUUGGAUGCGGCCAAAGCCUGCAAUGUGGACGACCUGUGCCAGAGGCUGCGCACUGAAUAUGUGUCAGCGUGUAUCAAGACUUCAGGCAAAUCAGGCCUGUGCAACCGUUCCCGCUGCAACAAGGCUCUGCGCCGAUUUUUUGACCGUGUGCCCCCUGAAUACACGCAUGAGCUGCUCUUCUGUCCCUGCAGCGAUAUGGCAUGCUCUGAGAGAAGACGCCAGACCAUUGUGCCUGGCUGUUCAUAUGAAAUGCCAGAAAAACCCAGCUGCCUGACGCAGAUGAGGAGCUGCAGAGCUGACUACAUCUGUAGGUCUCGUUUGGCCCAGUUUCAGUAUGACUGUCUGCCAGAGGAGCAGUCCUCCAGCGGCUGCAAGCACGGCAACUACGCUGCCUGUCUUGUAGCCUACACUGGCCUAAUAGGCAGUCCCAUCACUCCAAAUUACGCUGAAAACACCACAUCCAACGUGUCGCCGUGGUGCACAUGCUCAGCGAGCGGCAGUCAGAGACAGCAGUGCACACAGUUUCUGGAUUAUUUCACCAACAACAUCUGUCUCAACAAUGCUCUUCUGAUGUUCGGGAAUGGGAUGGACCAGAGUCCCACUGCCAGCCAAACAGAUCGCCGAAUCUCUGUGACAGACAGAGACACACGAAACAGUUCUUCUGGCUUUGUCUCCAUGGAUACAGAAGAGAACAUUGCAAGCCCAACCAUUUCCACACAGGACACCGAAAGGGGGAGACUUUGGGGUGACUCCACCAUUCCCUUCAACACACACCGUAACUCUAGCCAGGUCUCCACUCGUGAGUGUCUGCCAAUACUCAUCUGUCUGCUGCUCAUCCUUCUGCUGAGCUAUGAUCAGUAAAAUACUUGUGUGGGACAAACACAGAGCCUGGGCCUAAGGACCAACUGCAAUGUUAUUUUUUUUAAUCAAGACUGUGGAAAAAAAGCUUCCUCCAACAUCCCCCUCAUGUUUCAUUGUGCUAUCUGUGUAGUUCUGUGGAAUGGUUGGAUUUGGAGAGACAACUAAAUAAUGGACCUGAUGCCUGACGUAUGGUUAAUCUAAUUGGAAAUCAUCCUUGUACAUAUGUACAUAUCAUUAUGCAGAGUCGAUAUCAGAGUUUAUUGUUUGUGAAUAAUUUCAGCUCCAAGGCCUACAUUUUCUAGGGACAUUUAUGAGUGUGGUGCCUGCAGUGUUUGAUAACCAAAUUAAUGUGCAAUGCUCUAAACUAGGCUGAAAUGUGUGGAGAAAAGAAUGAAAGCCAAAUGUUUCUUUUCUAUAGCUCCUCAUGCAUCACUUCAAGUGUUCAAAGGCGCCUGUGGAGGAAACAGCGAUUUAAUAUCAUUUUGUUCAAGUUGACUGAAGACAAAGACUAGGGCUGCCUCUGAUCAAUAUUCGGACUGCAAAGCCUUUGGGUGAAGGUAAACAAAAGUCCUGUUGACGUUUGAACCGAUAUUUUGGAUAUACCCGUUUCUAGAUCAUUCCAAGGUAUUUUGUGUGUGUUUUCAGGAACGUAAGCGCUUUCUCUUUGCCUGACUGAAGAACAAAUAUAAACCAAACAUUUGUGAUUUUUGUUGCUUUAGUCUUGUGCAAGCACAAUGGACUGUUUGAGACAAAAACAGUGGCCAAUUCUACAAUGUUAUUUACCUUUGAGUUUACUCAAAUCCUGUAUAGUUUAAUGUUUUGUUUUUUCUCAGACACACAUGACAAAAAUCUGAUGUGUCAAAUUAUGUAAAGCACAAGAAAAUACUAAACUGUCCAGGAGCACAGAAACAUAAGCAGUGCUGAAUCAGUUAAGCAUAUUUGCAGUGUAUUGAAUUAACACUGGUACAUUCAUUAUCUAUAAGCAGAAUUUUUAUAGUGUUCUUAUAGCUACAAUGCAUUUGAGGAAACUUGGCUUUGAUUUGCAUUUUGUGUGGAUUUCUCUCCCAGCAUAAUAUCUUUGGGCCAUAUUCAGAGUUGACUUAUGUGCACGUAGUGAGAAGUUAAUACAAAAAAGCAUACAUCAGUAUUCACAUUUCAGAGUUACACAUAUGGCCUAAAACAGAGGCAUGUUUUAGGAUUUUGUGCAAUUCUGGAUUUACAUUUUUGCUGAUUUAUUUAUAAGAUAUUGGCUUGAGAUGGAAGCAGUAUUGAGUCCACUGCCAAUAUGUCAUAUUGAAAUUUAUGGAAAGUUUGGGCUGUAUAAUACAUAAAUAUUAAACUAUUAAUUCAUUCAUUGUAUUGUCUAUGUAAAGUCCAUGGAUUAAAAAAAAGAUACUUUAAAAAAAAAAAAAAAAUUUUGCAUAGAGGACAUCGGAGGAGACAUCAUCUUCAGAUUAUCCUUCAAAACGUGGGCAGGAGAGUGCACUAAAUUAACCAAAACAUUGGGAUUUUUUAAGUGAAAUUGAUAACUCAAUAUUACGGAUUAAACGUUUGAUAAAAUAGCCUACACCCAGCAGACACAUUAUAAUUUGAUUGCCUUGAUUUAGUAUCUCAUGGCUACAUUAAGUUGCACACAGUUUUUCGUGACUUGUACAGUCUCUGAACAGUAGACAUGUUUUUUUUUUUUGUUUGUUUGUUUGUUUGUUUUAAACCCUUAUGUAAGCAUGACACUUUCUGCUGCUGUACUUCCAGUUCAUUGUGCAAAAUACAAAAGGCUGUUCUGGAUCAAGUGCUAUUUUAUGAGCUGUUGAAAAUUGGUGUCCAGAAUAGAUGUUUAUUUCAAUGUUUGCCAUCUUCACAUUCAUAUAAUAUAUUGAUCUUUUUGAUUGUUUAUCACCAAGUAGAAGUCCCUAUUCCUAGGAAUUAUCCCUAGAAUUAUCCUUAUCACCAAGUAGAAGUCUUUUUUUUUAUUCAAUCAACACUAAAAGAACCACUUUUUCUUAGAGCAUGCUUCUUGUACACCUCUAAUUUACUUCUUUUUUUUCUUUUUUUUUUUUUUUUUCCAAAAUCUGGCAACAUCGGAUAUGUGAAAGUUAAUAUUAAUAAUCCGAAUGGGACACCUAGAAUAUUAACUUCAUUUCCUGUGUAACCCAAUAUUUUAAUAUGAGGAACUUUCUUUGUGUUAAUAUUGACAUCUUUUUGAUCUUAAGUCACAAGUCUGAAUACGGCCCUUCAUUCGUAGAGUUGCAACUUUCUUUGGGAGUCACAGUGUAAAUGUGGACGUUCAUCUAUGAUACUUGAGAAAGCUUGAGGUGACUGCUGGGGGACUUGAUCAUAUUUGCAAUCGGGGAUGUGGCCUAUAGUUGGUCACAUGGUACUCUCCUUUAAAGGUUGUGGAAUUUCAUUGUCAGUUGCUGCCAAUAAAAGAUGCUGGAUCAUUUAAAGCCUUGUGUUUUCUU